GUUAGAUUUCUCAGAGAGGAAAAGGGAAGUGGGACGACUUCAGACAGCGAGCUCAACUUCUGCCUUUCAUUCGGAGCUGGCUCAGCUGCCGUUCGUGUCGACUGGCCAGAGUCCGCGAACCAGCUGGCCCCUGGAGACAGGACCCCUUCCCCCCACCUUCCUCCUCUCCCUGUGAAGCAUUCAGAGCUGCCAAAAAAGUGGGCAAGGUCGUUGCCUCCAAAACCAACAAAGAACAAACUCUGCACUUAAUAUCCUGCCCGCCACACCCGGGGGUGGCUCAAGAGGCCCUCUGCAGAGCCAUGGCUUACCACAGCUUCCUGCUUGAGCCCAUCAGCUGCCAUGCUUGGAACAAGGACAGGACCCAGAUCGCCCUCUGCCCUAACAACCAUGAGGUCCACAUCUACAAGAAGGACGGUGCCAAGUGGACCAAGGUCCAUGAGCUGAAGGAGCACAACGGGCAGGUGACAGGCAUCGACUGGGCCCCCGAGAGCAACCGGCUGGUGACGUGCGGGACAGACCGCAACGCCUACGUGUGGACCCUGAAGGGCAAUGUGUGGAAGCCCACCCUAGUCAUCCUGCGCAUCAACCGCGCCGCCCGCUGCGUCAAAUGGUCCCCCAAGGAGAACAAGUUUGCCGUGGGCAGCGGAUCUCGCCUCAUCUCCAUCUGCUACUUCGAGCAGGAGAACGACUGGUGGGUCUGCAAACACAUCAAGAAGUCCAUUCGCUCCACCGUGCUCAGCCUGGAUUGGCACCCCAACAACGUGCUGCUGGCUGCUGGUGCCUGCGACUUCAAGUGCAGGAUUUUCUCAGCCUACAUCAAGGAGGUGGAGGAGCGGCCAGCCCCCACUCCCUGGGGCUCCAAGAUGCCCUUCGGGGAGCUGAUGUUUGAGUCGAGCAGCAGCUGUGGCUGGGUCCACAGCAUCUGCUUCUCUGCCAGCGGCAACCGCGUGGCCUGGGUCAGCCACGACAGCACCCUCUGCCUGGCAGAUGCCAACAAGAAAAUGGCCGUGGCCGCCCUGUACACGGAGAUGCUGCCUCUCCUGGCUGUCACCUUCAUCACCGAGAACAGCCUGGUGGCCGCGGGCCACGACUGCUACCCCAUGCUCUACACCUAUGAUGAGGGCCAGGGAGCACUGAGCUUUGGCGGGAAGCUGGACGUGCCCAAACAGAGCUCCCAGCGUGGCCUGAGCGCCCGCGAGCGCUUCCAGAACCUGGACAAGAAAGCCAGCUCUGACACCAACAACGUGACCCUGGACGCGCUGCACAAGAACAGCAUCAGCCAGAUCUCCGUGCUUGCUGGCGGCAAAGCCAAGUGCUCCCAGUUCUGCACCACGGGAAUGGACGGCGGGAUGGGCCUCUGGGAUCUCAAGAGUCUGGAGUCUGCUCUGAAGCAUCUCAAGAUCAAGUGACGGAGCCACUGGGAAAGGCUUAUCCGGCGCUGCCCAUCCCGCUCAGCUACGCCACCCCCACCCGCUUCCUUUGCAGACAACCACCGCGCGUUCCCCGGGUGGCAACGCGUGCCCUGGCACUCCCCACAUGCUCGGGAGCACAAAGGAAAUACCAGGGUUUUUACCCCAAUUUUUAUGAAGAGCCUAUGCUGGUCAUACAUUGCUUAGAGAACCAAUAGAGUGGAUUCUCCACUGAA